CACGCGUAAAAAGUAGGGAAAUUUGACGGAACGAUUCUUUUCAGCUGGCGGUUCCUUACCCGAACCGUUUCACCCCUAGUAAAAAAAGUCUUUCUGCACGCUCCCUGCUACCAGCGCGGGUCUUGAACUCGGGACUUAGAGAUUCGCAGGCAGGCCUGCAAACCAAUCGCCGAAUCGGAUAUGCGUUGGUGACUUCCUUGUGAGGUCUGCAUUCGCCACUAAGGUGAACAGGCAUAGUGCAGUGGUGGCCUGCGGAUGCGAAGGCUAAUUUGUGUGUUUCUGAACAUUCAAGCGAUGUCGAUGCGGAUCCCGCGAAUAGUCUGGCAGCCGGAAAUGGAUGAGGAUGAUCUUCCGAUUGUUCUGCCGCUUUGGAGUAGAACAGGACCGCGGUUGUUUCCCAAAUACAGCCCAGUGCGCGUGCGAGGCUGUAAAUCCGCAAAUUUCUGCCGCAGCGCCAGCCCGCUGUGUUUAGCACCGGUGCAGCAUAACAGCACUGUCAGCAGGAAAUCCGCAGAUGAUGCAGAAAACCUUCUAUCCGGCCGCGAGGACAAGGAUGGCGUUCCACUACAAACCUGUUCAGAAGUGCAUCGCCAGAAUAGGAAAGAGGGCGAUAGAGAAGUAAGAAAAUACUCUCGCCGAAAGCUGUUACUGGGUGCUUGCGUUAUGGCAAAUAUCGUAUCCGUUUCCCUGGCCGUCUCUAUUCUCUUCCCGUUUCUCACCAGGGAAGUGCUGAAAGCCUUUCCGACUGCAGGAAUCGGUCGCCAUCUGGUGGUGGGUGUUUUAUUUUCUACGACAACUAUAGUCGAGGCUGUUGUUGCACCAGUAACAGCUACCGAUCUGCACAAUGCUGGAGAGAAGAACGUGCUUGUGUUGAGCUCAUUCCUGGUGAGCGGUUCACUGCUGCUGUUUGGAUUUGUCAACCAGGUCAAAUCAUGGACUGCAUUUGUGCUACUGGCUAUACCAAUACGAGUUGUACAAGGUGUUGGCAGUGGUGCCAAUUUCACCGCUGCAUACACCUUACUUGUGACCACAUUUCCAGAGUCGACAGGACUAGUGAAUGGAAUUAUCCGUGCUCUGAAUGGCUUUGGCUAUGCGGUUGGCCCCGCUGUCGGUGGUUUCCUUUACGAUGUUGGCGGCUUUCACUUGCCCUGUUCUGUGAUGACGGCAGUGUGGACAAGCGUGGUGAAUACCAUCCUCCUCAUUGGCACAGAAAAAAGCGAUAGAGACAGUGGCAUACACACAAGACUGCGGCAAGGAAAGAGUGCAGUGACGUUCAAACAUAUCCUCAGUUUCCCAUGGGUAUGGAUGUGCAUGCUGCUACUAGCCAUGGGCAUAGGAAUGUGCGGACUGGUUGAGUCCACCAUAUCUCAGUUCAUGAAGGAUGAGUUUGGUGCAUCGUCAAGCAAAGGCGGACUAGCACUGCUGCUGUUCUCGUUCUCGUUUGGUGCUGGGUCGUUCCUGUGUGGUGUUGCGUUGGAUAAGUGGAUAGGGCCAAGAACUAUGUGCUUGUUUGGACUCGGUGCGGCCAUUGUGUCUUUCCUGAUGUACGGGCCGGCAUCGAUACUCCCCAAAGGACCCUCGGUGCCGUUGACUUACAUCUCCACCGUACCGUAUGGAAUGGCGGUGGCCAUUCUACUCACAUCAGCACCCGAGGACAUGCUGCGCACAUUGCGACGCCGUGGUGUGGGUGAUGCAUGCUCUGUGGGUGCAUACGUUGGUGCAGUUACGCAGGUCGGCAUAUCAUUAUUUUACACACCCGGAUUACUACUGGGUCCCGUCCUGUCAGCUACUGUAGGAGUGAGGAAACUAUCCUCCUUACUUGCCGCAGUGUACUUCUCACUUGCCAUCAUCUUUCUCAUUGGACAUGUCAGAACUUGGAGAAGGGACAAACAAUUGGAUAGCCCAGGCACCCCAGCAGAGAGUGACAGUGAACCCAUCAACAACGCUAAGACAGCAUGUGAACAGAGAGAGAUGAUACCACUCGUGACAGCCGCUGAGCCCAGGGACCCGGCCAGUCAUGGCGCAGCACCUGUACAUGUGAGCGGACAAGGUAGAAAUGGAACGUUAACUGCAGUCUGGCAAAAACUGUUUUUUUGCAUGACGGUUACCUACAACUAUCUGUUUUUCAGAUCCCAAAGUUUCAGGCUGAUACUAUGGUGGGAAGUGCCUUACAUUCACCAUUUUCUAGAUGCCGGUCAGUAUUUUAACGUCUGUUUCGGGAUGAUUUAAACAGUCCACCCUUCAGUACAACCAAAACACUGAAAAAAACCCAUUAUCUUGGCCUGUUUUUCUCCACAAGUGUAUAUCAGCGUGAAAGAUGAGCUGAUCACACAUAUGGACUCGUUUGAGGUGGAACCAAGCAACAAAACCACAUAACUAGAAACAGCCGGAGCCGAAAAAUCAGCUCCAGAGUAACUCGUGAUGCAAGGCAAAAUAAUAGGACUGUUGAAGCUGGUACUCAAUCCACACAUCAAAUACCACUACACACAUGUCAAAAAUAGAAGAAUUUGGCGGACAAAUGGUAAUUCCAGUGCGUUCUUGCUUCAGCCAUGUGUGCACGCUCUCAUCGUAUACUGUUGGCGACCUCGGACUCUGCUCUGAUGCAUUGAGGCUCCCGACGACUGAGCGGCGCACCUUGGUAAUAUAGUUUGUAACAUUUUGGCAGGAGACAGACAGCUCUUGAACACACAGCAUCGAAAUAAUAUUCCGGAGACGCACCACCAAUACGGUGCCCAUUGGCGAAGCAGGACGAGUCCACAGACUUGAGAAACUGUACUUAACGUAACGUUACACAUCAGUCCGCAAUCCGAGGCCCGAUUUGACUUCUUUCCACUCAGCUCAUGUUCACCAGCCUUGACCAUUCUGUGUAUCUCAAUUCUUAAAACACUCAUUUCCAGACAGUGCACGAUGCAGGUCUGCCACUUGCAUCCAAUGCAUUGGGCAACAGCUAGCUAGUUGUUCUGGGCUAUUAAGUCCCUGCAUACGUUCCCCUGUGGUGCACGACGCUAUUGUUUCUUCAGCUCCUGCCAUGUGUGCUUCAGAGCUCUGAAGUCAGUUCGGCGUAUACAUUCAGUACAACUCAGCAUCCACAGGAACGUUCCCCUUCAUUGGUGUUACCAUCAUCACUGCUGUCACCACGUUCGCCUGCAUCCGAAAGAUCCAUCUCAUUUGUUCCCUAUGUCUUUUUGUACCGCGCUGAAGCCAGCAGCAAACAAAACGCUGAUCGGCACGUCGUCACGGUUUUCGGCGUAGUGGAAGACGCUCUCGACUACUACCUGACUCAGAAACGCUCUCAGAAUCAGAGAAGCUCUCAGCACCUGACAGCAGGCUAUCAGCUGAUCGCCGUCACCUCCAAAUUCGCCCGUGAAUACGCCACCCGUCGCACAACUAGCUGCCAUAUCUUCCUUCAGCCAUAACGGAUUCACUUCAAAUUUUCAGUGCUGGACCUUGAAGCCCUGUGCUGAGCGAGGCACAAGCGCUUGAUGCAAAUAGAGCCCUCUAACCCAGGUAAAAAAUAUGCCACAGUUUGCCAAACUUCAAACGCCUGUAUCUCAAAAUGAUGUCAUGCAGCUAACGUUCCAUUUCUACCUUGUCCGCUCACACAUGUAC